CUAUGAGUCGAGUUGCGUGAGCAGGGCCACUCCCCUCUUGACCCAGUGGCCCUGCUCCUUGUCUGACGGCAGCUUGAUCCACAUGACGAAGUUGGUCGAGUGACCCGUCGUCGACAGCACACCACGCCGCGCGGACGUCUUGUACAGAGGACAGCUGCAAACAGAGAGAGACAGACAGACAGACAGACAUUGUCACUCACUCAGCGUGUGAGCGUCCGUUUGUUCCCUGACUGAUGUACUUAUAGUGCGGCACUGGUUCGAUCUUGGCCGCCUCCGCUGGCUUGAGCCACACGGUCGGGCACGGCACAAACAACACCUUGGGAUCAGACUCACCCAAUGUACUGCACGCGCGAGAGAGAGCAUCAUACACACAUAUCAGCAGUCGUCGUGUGCCUUCGGUCGUUGUUGUUGGUUACCCUUUGUCAUAGUCCCACUUGGCCCCCUCGAUGAACAGCCCAGCGACAUAGGCCCCCGACUCGGCCGCCUCGGUCGGCGUCUCGUUGGGGAUAGCAAAAUCAAAAUCAACCAAAUCCACAGCUAUCUUGUGCUUGCGGGCGAAAUUCUGCACACACACACAGACAGACAGACAACACAGACAGUAAGUGUCUCAGGGGGGGUCACAGCCCAGCCUAUUUACCUGUGUGACACCAGUCAAGAAUGAUUGGGUGAAGUAAAAGCCCGAUAGCCAAAAGACUGGCGGGGCGCCGCUGUCGACCCACGAUUGGAAGAACUUGAGCCGCUCGACUAGGUCGUUGACGUAGGAGCCGAGCGGCUUGAGUGAGGGGUAUGAUUUGGCCGCCCACAUGUCGGGUAUCUUGCCGUCGACAAUCGACUUGAAGGCGGCCUCCAGCUGGGGCGACAGGACGGCCAGGCCCUUGAUGGCCUUCUGCAUGUCCUUGAGGGACGACCGGAUGACGUCGAUCAGCUUGUUGUAGCGCGUCAGCUCCUGGCACAAGACCGUGUUCAUCGACUCCUCAUAAAGGACCGGAUACCUGCACACGUGAGACAUACACGACAGACGCCGUGUCGCUUUGGCUGCAUUUCUUCCACCUUCUUUGCACUGCAGCAACGUCCCACGAUUUGGGCACUCUGUUGAGAAUGUCGGCAGCCACGUCGCUCACGAUCUCUUCAGGGCUCUUGCCUGCAGCAGCCGACCCCCCCGACUCGGUCAUGAGCAAGGCAUCCACCAAGGCAUAUGUCUCAUUCUGCUCCUUGGUGAUGUUGGCAUUGGCGUGGAACCCGAAUAUCUCGGGCUCUGUGAUAGGGGGCAGCGUCUUGAUGUACUCGAGGUAGGCCUCGUGAUCAGUCGCCUGAAUGGGGUGGUACUCGGCUGAGCCGAAGUUGAACUCCUCCUCGAAGAUGGUGGGGCUGUAGUAGUCGUUCAUGAGUGUCAUCAGGAGGCGCCGGUCUUUGUCGUCGGUCACACGGCCGCCAUAGUUGCACUCACCGGUGAGGUAGCGGAGGGCCUUGAAGGGCGUCUCGUCCGGGUACUCGUCGAGGAACAUCUGCAGCUGCCGCACUGAGAUGCGCAUGUCGCUCUCGUUGAACUCGUAUGAGAUGUUCCAUCCCAGAGGACCGAAGUUCCUACGCUCCUGUGCACAUGACAUGUAUGGGAUCAGUGAGUGCAUGUGUCGUGGGGGAAUCAUGAUCAGCGUACCUGAAUGACAGCGUGGAAGAAACAGAGGGAGAAUAGCAGCCUCUUGAACUCAGGAUCCUUCGUGCAAGCCUGGUGAGGAGACACAGCACAGCACAGCACAGCACAGCACAGCAUGGCACAGGGGCAUGACAGGCAGGCUUUGCGUGCUAGUGGGGGGGGCUUGCAUUGAAGAAGUCUGGGUCUGAGAUGGGGUCAGUGAGGUAGCUGCCGGUCAGGUUGGCGCGCAGUCCCUUGGGCGGCUCGUUGGUCAUCUUGACGCCGUUCUGCAGAAUCGCCACGGGGAACUUAUCACUCGGAUAACUCGUCAGCCAUAAUCUAAGAGACACGCACAGCAAUGAUUCGAACCUCACUCCCGUCUAGUGUGGCUGAUUGCCGCGGGCCUACCUGAACUCCCUGUGGAUUUUGUCAGGGUUCAUCUGCUCGCAAAUCCUCUCGAGUGUGGGCAUCCAGCUGACAGCCAGGUGGCAGUUCUGCAGCACCACCCACCCGCCUGACUGAGUGGCCUGGUCGAUCAGCGCUCUCGCGCGCGGACCCUGACCCUGGCCUGCAUUGCAGGCAGCAGAAGGACCAUGUGCCAGUAUGUGGAUUCUCUCGAUCGAUUAUCUGCUGCCUCACUCACCGAGGGACACUUGUGCGACCUCCUUCUCUCGCGAUUCCGCAAACUUGGCGACAGCGGCGAAUGGGUCGCUGCCUGGCGAGAGGAUGAAUAUGAGGGGCGACGUGUUGGAUGAGUCCGCGUAGGAGCCCGGGAGAUCAAAAGGCGGCGGAGUGACGAAUUCCUCGCUCAUGUUGUCCCCGACGAACUCCAUGAUGGCUGGGAUGAGUUUGUCGGGCCGGAUGCACCGCACCACCAGCAGCUUCUGGAAGCCAUCGAGCAGGGCGCACGAGUCGGGGAAGGCCUCGCCGUAAGGUGCGUGUGAGUCGUACAGCCGCCGCCAGUUGCCCUCCUCGAGACUGAAGUUGGACGCAACGCCAGAGAAUCCGCUCAUCGCCUCUGACAAAACACACACGCAACGCGUCCAAUCUCACUUCUCCAUGCCAACCAGACAGUAAGUACCGAGCCGAUUGAGCUCUGUCCAGGCGCGAUCGGGCAGCCAGUCGGCUGGUUUGGUCGGCACGUCCUCCAACCCGACCCCGCCGGUGAGAAGGAAGCGGUACUCGACGGGUCCCAUUUUCUCCUCCGACUGCAGGAUCCUCGCACACAGCAGGAAGGAGAACAGCAGCUUGUGCUUCUCGAACAACGACCGGCAGAUGUUCCUGCACACAAAGGAAGGCAACAGAGACAUCAUAAUGGCGUCAAUCAACCAACCAGAGAUCACGAUAUGAUGAAGGACCUGUAGAGUGUGAGUGUGAAGAAUUCGUUGAGGUGUCUCAGCCUCGUCUCGUGGUCCUCCGACUGGGGGGCCUUGGCAAUGCACGCUAUGAAGAGGUUGACGAAGAACGGCAGGCUAUACUGAUACAUGGGGUCGAUCGCAGCCAGGUCAGCGAUGCAGAAGAACAGCGUCGACGCUCUGAAGGCCACAGGGACAUACCCUAGGCGGGCCUCAUCGAUGCGCUCUUCGGUCUCCUCGGCGAUCUUCUGCUUCUCGGCAAUCUCGUUGGACAGCUGCUUGGCGGCAGACAGCACCUGGAUGGCUGUCUCGUCGUCGAGGAUGUUGCCCUGAGAUGCCGACAGGACGUGCAGGAUCUUGUCCUCGAUCUCCUUGAGCUGCUUCUUGUUCUCCGCGCCCUCCACAAUCAGACGCGCCUUUUCUUCCUCGAGGUCAGGCUUCUCUUUAGCCACCACGAUGCCCAGCAGCUGGUCCUGCAGGCCGGCUUGUGUGAUCAUGAAGUUGAGGAGCGUCACCUUGACGGCCACCUCAGGCAGGUAGUGGGGAUUCCGCAGCUUGGUGGUCAGGUAAAAGCGGAAGUUCUCCGAGUACUCGAUGGUGGCGUCACCGAGCUUAAUCAUGAGAGUGCCAGCCUUCUUGAACGUCUGCUUGAGCAGCACUGGCUCCAACGCGGGAUCGAGCUCCUCACUGCAACACACACAUACGAUGGAUGACGCAGCUUGUUCUACACAUGGAGACAUGUACACAUACGCGAUGUUUUCGAUGAGCACAGGGGUUCCGAACUGGAUGCUGCCCUCCAGUCGGCGGAGAUAGUCGCUGUCCGAUAGCUUGGCGACCACGAGCUUGUUGGGUUGCUCCAUUUUCUUGAUCCACUUGUUGGCCUGCCCCUGCAAAAGCAACCAGCAUUCAUCAUUCUUCAGUCUUUUCUCUCACAUAUAAAAUGCUGUCUCCUCCACUGUCUUGCCUGUGGGUCGAUGCAGAGGGGCCAUCUUCUGGACUUGUCCAUGAUGAUUCCGUUCUCAAUCGAGAAAUUGUCGUUGGGUAGCCCGCGCAUCGUCCACGCGCGGAUCUUGACCGGCUCGCCGAGGCAGUUGGUGAGGCUGAAGGUGGCCGUGCCGGGGAUGUCGAGGUCUUUGCACGUCUUCACCCACUCAGCGAUGCCGUCGUUGCGGAAGCCUGGAGUGAAGGCGCCCAGGUAUGCAAUGAUGCCUGAGGCUAUCAUGAUGUCGCCCGUCAGGUUGGUGUAUGCGAUCGUCAGACUCUCCGCCUUUUCCGUCCACCGCGCCUUCUCGCCGCCCAGAGACUCGAUCAGCUGCUCAGCUCGAAUGAGCUUCGCCUUGCAAUCCUCCACCUGCAUACAGAGGCACAAUAGACACCCGUCUGUCGUGUAUGGUAUAAUAUGUUGUACGCUUACUUGUGCCUCGAGGGUGUUCUUCUCGUCUUCCUUGUUCUUGAGUUCCGCGUUGAGGCCCGCGAGUUUGUCCUCGACCUCCUUGAGCUGUGCGCGCUUGAUGUUGAGCCCCUCCAUGACCUUGCUGUACUCCGCCUCGGCGAUCUUGAGUGCCUCCUUCUUGGGCGCCACCACCUUGGCCACUCGAUCGUAGGUCUCCAUGGCCCGCACCCAGCAGCAGAGGCCGUACGCCGCCUUGGAGACCUUCUUGACCUUCUCGGGCUCAAAGUCCUCCUCCUGCACGUACUUGGCGAUCUUCUUGAUCACAUCGGCCGGGAUAUUGUCCUUGUCGUAGUCCAUGAGCGACUUGAGGAAGCCUGUGUCGGCCACCAUCUUCUGCGAAGGGCCCCAGAAGUCGUUGAUCAUGGCCGAGCCACCUGCGGGGUCCUUGAUGCGCUGUGGCUUGACGCCCUUGAGCACACACACCGCCUCCAACACAAUCUUGACUGGGCCGGGCGGAGACUGACAUUCGGAGCGAAAGAGAAUGAUCAUUGACUUGGACCGACAGGUAGACAAGAAGAGCUUUGUACCUUCAUGGCUUUGAUUUCUGCAAUGUCUCCUGAUGUGAGGGUGUUGAGGGCCUUGAUGGCAGACUCAAGGGCUGGCAUCGCCACAGCGAGCUCUUGCUCGCACUCCUGCAGACAGCAAACGAGGGACCCAUCACCAAAGCGACAGCUGUAUUGCAUAUCUGCGGCUGACUGACCGUUUUGAUGGAGUUUGCCUUCUCUGCUGCCUCUGAGGCGAUGGCCUCCUCACCGGCCACCACUUCCUUGAUCUCUGCUGUCUUGUCCGUCUCGGCAGCCACGACCUUCAUCAUCUCAGCUGUCUCUUGGCCCUGCUCGAUGCACAUAUACGACAAACAAGACGGUCUCUCCUCCCAUUUAUGUCGCUUCAUGAAUGGCUCUCUGUCUAUCUACCUACCUUUGUUUCGAGGAUGGGCUGCAGGUCAGUGAGCUCUCUCUGCAUGCCCUCCACACUGUUCUCGGUCGUCUUGAGCUUGUCCAACCCCACUUCGUAGCGCGACUUCAUCGCCGAGACUUGCUCCCGCUGCUCAGCCAAUAGCGUCUUGAAGGUGGUGAUCAGCUCGAGGUAAGAUGUGGGCGUGACAUAAUAGUAGCGCUUGAGCUCCGCGAGGAACCGGUCGGCCAUGCCGCGGGCGCCCGAGUGAAGGACCUGGCACAUACUCACGCAGCCCUUACGCACAUCCUCCUCCAUGUCGACAGAACUGCAGACAGAGACGCCGACACAUGCAAGGCGGUUUGUAUGCCUGUUCCUCCAUACCUGAGGAAUCGCUCAGCGACGGAGGAGAGGGCGUCAUCGGGCCACUUGGAGAACCAGUUGAUGGUGCAGCAGUUGACCAGUGAGGGGAACUGCCGCACGCGAGUACGGAAUGCGUCCCCGAUGGGCGAGAAGCACAAGACGACAUGCAGCAGCCGCUUGCACCGGUCGACAAAGAAGUUGUACAGCUGCUGGGGCGUCCCCUCCGGGGCCUUGCCCUCCUGACGCGCCGCCGCUCGCACCAUCUCGCAUAUCUGAGACUUCUCGUCAGGCGCAUACAGGUUGGGCACCUCCCCUAUCCACCAACCAGCACACACACACCAAUUAAUGUAUGUAUUGCACUGGCAGCGCCACUUGGUGCGGUGCGCACCCGUGUUGAGGAGAUUGUUGAUAUCCUCUACGAAUGACUCCUGCUUGAUCUGUGUAUCGGAGAAGAGGAAGACUGUCGUCUCGCCCUUGCCGCCCGCACGGCGCAACACCUGUCCGAAACGACAGACCAGACUCAUUCAUGCGUCGCUUUGUACGCUUCUCUGUUUGUUUACCUCUUUGAGGUCCUCCCGCCAUUCGUUCUUGCCGUAGUUCUUCGAUAUCUCAAUCUGGAACACCUCGGCGUCGCACAUGAAGCACGCCAGGCGCGUCAGGCUCUGUCGGCCGGAACCGCCAACUCCCACGAGAAGGGCAUUGCCGCCGGGGAUCUUGAGGAUUCGUGAGAUGCGGCUAAGGUGCUCAAUGGCGAAGGAGAAGAGGACCAGGUUCAUGCGCUUGGAGCUCUGCACGAUGUUGAGCUGCUCGAGGUAGCCCUCAACCUUCGUCUGGAGCUCGUCGAAAUCCUGUUAUUAGAAAACAGCGAGACAUGUGAUGUUAUGUCCCGUGGGGAUAAGAGCCAGCUAAGAGCCAGCUUCUGUUCUCUGAUACCUUGACUUCGUCGUAUGGUCGUUUCGGCGACGAUGGCGGGUUCAUGUAGUCGCCGAAGAACAGCUUGCGGAUCUCGUCGAGCGUGUCGACCUUGCCAUCUUUGUUCGAGUCGAGGUGGGCCAUGACGGUGUCGAACGACUGACCGAAACACUUCUUGCUGAUGUCUCGGAUGUUCUUGAGCAGCCACGUCUGGUCGGUCUCGUCCACGAGGCGGUCCCCGAACACUCUGAGCACCUCGUGGAUCCACAGACGCACCACCUUCUCCACACCCUCUUGCUGCUCCUUGCCCAUCAGCAACACUCCCUGCACAAAGGAGAAGGAUGACAUGAAUCAGUCUUUCGCACACAAAAUCUGUUCUCUGUGCACACAGGCGCACCAGGAUGACUUUGGAGAAGUCCCGAAGGUUGAAAGUGUAGUGCGACUUGACGGGCGUUGGCAGCAGUUCGGUGCAGGCCAGCUUGUACACGUCCAUGGUGGCCGCCACGAUCUUCUUGCUAAUGCCCGCCACAUCCGGUGGGUACGAAUCUGUCGUGAACUUCCAGUCCAGGAUGGCUGUAAAGAUCUUGAUCAGGUUUUCGUCCUCCACUUCGAUGAAGCCCAGCAGAUGGAAGUGCCUCAGCAGCCGGGGCGAGAUGAAUGUCCGGCCGCCGCCGGGAGGUCCCAUGGCGGCGAAAAGCAUGCAGUCGAUGAUGUGUCGAAAUGGGUGCGUGAGGUCCUUUCUGUCAUACCACCCGCCGUGGUCGCAGUACUGCCGGAGGAUCUCGAUCGGCGGCUGGGCGCCCCACUUCUCCUUGGCCGGCAUAUUCAGGUCAUCCACAAACAAGAUGCACCGCUUGUUGAGUGGCGGGCCGAAAGUGUCUCGCCGCCUCUUCUCGAGCUUGGCGUCGAUGAGAUCCUGUGUCUGGUUCUCGGAUGUCUGGGCGCUGAACCCCAAUGGGAUGUACGUGUUCUUCUCCCUCUGCAGCGAAUCCAACACCUGACACACGAACAAACACCUUCAGCCACAGUGUCGAUAAAUAGUCUUUGUCCGCAAUCCCACCUUAAGUGCGUACGCGGUCUUGCCGGUGCCCGUCGGUCCGCAGAAGAGGGUGAAGACGCCCGCCUCGAUGUUCAUGUUGGCCAGAUAGGAGUACCUGACCAUGUCGACCGUCUGAACGAUGAUCUCUGCUGGCUGGGUGCCCGGCGGGAACGACUGCGCGCUCUCAACUGUGUCCUGACAGACACCCAACGAGACACGUGAACGAUGCAGACAGCCGUGUGUGGCCAUGUCUGUGCUUGUGUCUCACCAUCCACUGGGCCCAUGUGUUCGUCUCCGCCCGGUAGACAAAAUCGAAACAGCUGCCACGCUCGGGGAGGGCGGGUGUGAUCUUCUUGAGCUGCUUGAUCCCCUCAAAGCUGCCGGCGAGCAGCUUCUUCAGGGCGAUAUCAAAACUCUUUCUCGUUGCCGUGUUGGUGGCCGCGCCAAUCGACCAGAUUAUCGCAAAGACGCAGCUGGCAUCCAGGAAGCUGCUGAGUUGCUUGUCGCCGAGGCCUGCCUUGUAGUCCACAUCACACAGGGGCUUCAGCAAGCUGGUCA